AUGGCGGAGAGAAACUCUGUUUCGAAGGCCACUCUUAUUACAAUCGUCUCCAAAACAAAAACAAAACGUAUUGGAGAUGUGCCGUUAAAAAAUGUCCAGUUUGAAGUGAAAACUGAUAAUGAGUAUGAAGAAACGGCUAGCACUGAAGGCGAUGAGGUGGAUGACGAGCAGGAGGAUAGCACUGAUGGCAAAGAGAUGGACGACGAGGAUAGCACUGAAGGCGAUGAGGUGGAUGACGAGCAGGAGGAUAGCACUGAUGGCGAGGGUGAGAGCGAUGACGACACGAGUGUCGAUGAUCAAGAAGUAGACGGGGUCCUGUGGGAGGAGUGGGUAGAGGAGAGCAGUGACGAUGAGGAAAGUGACGAUGAGGAUAGCUAUGAUGAGGACAGCUAUGAUGAGGAUAUGGAUGAGGCCGAUCAAGACGACCAUGCAUGGGAGGUCUUGCGAGCUCAUGAAAAAGCUUAUAAAGAGCAAAUACGACUCCUGCGAGAACCCGAGCAUAACAUUAGGGCAGCAGCCAUUGAAAAUGCCGACAAAGGGCUUAUCUGCUUUCUCAAUGAAAUUUGUCUCAAUCUGCUCCGUGGAUACUUCUGUUCGUCAAAAUACGAGAAAAAACUGCUUCAAAAUUACAAAGAGG